AUGGCGGAGGCUGGAGAGGAGGCUCUGGCUCCCCCGGUGGGCGCCGGCGGCUCCCGGGAAAGCGGGAUCGUGUCCGGACUACGCCGUCCUUUGCUCCUUCCUGGAGAGGUACGGAGCCGCCCUGGACUUGCCCGAGCUGACCUUCCCCGAGCUGGAGGAGUCCCUGGAGGAGACCAAAGCAGUGUCCAGAGUCCUGGUUGAACUUCAUCUAAAACUGAUGCGGAAGAUCGGGAAGUCUGUUACUUUUGACAGAUGGGAGAAAUAUCUAAUCAAGAUCUGUCAGGACUAUAACAGUACUUGGGCCUGGGAGAUGGAGAAGAAAGGCUACCUGGAGAUGAGCGUGGAGUGUAAAGUGGGUCUGCUGAAGCACUUAUGUGAGUGUCAGUUUGAUGACAAUCUGAAGUUCAAGAAUGCCAUUAAUGAAGAGGACGCCGAUUUGAUGCGCAUCCAACCAAUCGGAAGAGAUAAAGACGGCUUAAUGUACUGGUACCAACUUGAUCAGGACCACAAUGUCCGCAUGUACAUAGAAGAACAGGAUGACCAGGACGGAUCUACGUGGAAAUGCAUAGUCAGGACCAGGAAUGAACUGGCAGAAAACUCUGGAACUUUUAAAAGCACAAAUAGAUCCAGCUUUACUGAAGAAAUCUGAGCCACAGGAUAGUUCAUCUCGAGAAAGCCCAAAUCCAGAGGAUGAAGAACUGAAAAAAGGAGAGAGCGGAGAGAAAUUGGAAGAGGACUCAAAAGAAGGAAUCAAAGAGAAACUAGACCCAGCAGAUACCACAAGCACUUGUCCAACAGAAAAUGGUAACGCCUGUAAGCCUGGCGAUAAGGAGCCCUUAAAAACAAUUUGCGAAAUAAAAACAGAACCUCCUGAUGUAGAGGAGGGUAUAAAGGCUACCAAAGAAGAAAGUGACUCCUUCAAGGAGAAUGUAAAGCCUGUGAAGGUUGAUAUAAAAAAUGAAAAGGCAGAACCAAAAGACUUGAAGGAGUCAAAAGGGACUGCCGAUAAGAUUCCUUCCACGCAGGAGCCAGAACACUCAGAAAUUUCUGUCAUUGUCAAGCGCGCACUGAAGAUCAUGUGGAAAAAUCUGUUGAGGAUUCGGAGAAAAUGAAGAAUGACCAACAGGCCAAGAUCCCCUUGAAAAAACGUGAGCUCAAGCUCACUGAUGACUUUGAUGGACCAGUUAAAUCGUCGCUGUGCAAGUCAAAGACCCCUACAAAAGAGCUGCUUCAAAAGGAUGAAGAAAAACUAGAUGACGAUAGCACAAAGAUGUCCGCUGCUCCUGCAGCGGUUCCUGAAGGGAAGCAGUUGGUCAACGGAGAAGUAAAUGGUGACAAAUCACACAAAGCAAAGGUAGACCAUGUGGAGAACAGUAACACCACCCCAAGAGAAUCCAUCAUCAGCACAGCAAAGGAAGAGAAUGGUGUAGUCGAGAAGAGAACAUCCAGUGUCAUCAAAAGUUUGCAUGAACUUAAAGAGAACAGCAAACCUAAAAUCCCUGAGAAUUUGGAAAAAAGUGCAAACGACCUCAGCAAAGACAUUAUUAUUCCUUCAUCGGAGGAAUCUUCUCCAAAAACCUCCUUAAAAGAAGGUUCAUCUGUGUCUGAAACACACAAAGGCAGUGUGGACCCCAAAGGAGGAGAAGGGCAAAAAGAAUUGCUUUCUUCUCUUGAGAAGAAGACAGCUAAGACCAAGAAAGACUGCAAAAAGAAUACCAAUGAUUCUGAGUCUGUAAAGGAGGCUGAGGUCCCGAAGAAGCCUGUCAUAGUUGCCACUUCAGACAGCCCUGAUGAUAAGAAAUUAUCUGAGCCAUGUGCAUCUGAAGACAAGAAAUCACGCGACUCUGAAAAACAAGAUGUAGACGGUAGUAAGGAAGAGACUGCAUCCAAGACCAGGGAUACAAAAAAGAAAUUAAGUGCAAAAUCAAAACUGGCCUCAUCCAGAAAAGCAUCCGCAACAGCAAAGAAAUCAACGCUGAGCGAAGAGAAGCCCACAGAAAGUAACAAAGAAGCUGAGGAAAAAUGUGAGCCGGUGUCUUCUGAUAAAGUUGAGGAAAAGGAGAAACUAGAAGAAAAGGAAAAACCAGAAGAAAAAGAGAAACAACUAAAAAAGCCCCCCGAAACUGAAAAGAAAACAUUCAGUUUAAGGAGCAAACGGAGGGAAAAACAGGCUGCAAAGGUAAUCGAAGAUGCCAGUGAAAUGUCCGAGUCUAAAGAGCCGGAGGUUAAGAAGACGGACAGUAAAGACAAAAUCUCAGAAAAGCUAAGUUUACUUUCCAGAAAUAAACAUAGGCUAGAACCCAUGGCAGAAGAGGACAACAGCGGAUCGGAGAGCAAAGAGAUGACAUCCGAGAGGCAGAAGGACGGCAUCAAAUUGACAAUCCGCAUCUCCAACAAGAAGAGGAGGCCGGAACUGCCUGUGGAGAGUGUGCCUGUGGAUGAUGCCGAGGAUGCUGAGAAUGAGGACAGUAUCGGGAGGAGGCUGAGACGAUCUCCCAGGAUCUCAAGACCUUCCAUAAAGGUAGCUGACGUCAAAGAACGCAAGCCUGAGAAAAAGCAAAGCGACGAUGAGGAGGAGAAGCCUGCGCCUGCAAAACCAGCUAGGGAGGAAAAGAAAUCUGAAAAGGAGCCAUGCCAGAAAAUAAAACAGAAGCCAAAACAAAAACGAAGGGCGCGGUGGACCAACUCCAGAUCACGACGCAAACGUAAAUCGUCCAGUGAGGACGAAUCUGAUGAGUCGGAUAGUGAGGAAGAGUCAGAGGAGGAAUCAGAAAAUGAGGCAAAAGAAGAGGGAGUACCUGGGGAAGACGAUGAACCCUGCAAGAAGUGUGGACUUCCCAACCACCCUGAGCUAAUUUUGUUGUGCGACUCCUGUGACAGCGGUUACCAUACGGCUUGUCUGCGCCCACCGCUCAUGUUGAUUCCUGAUGGAGAAUGGUUUUGUCCUCCUUGCCAACAUAAAUUGCUGUGUGAAAAACUGGAUGAGCAAUUACAGAAUUUAGACGUGGUCCUGAAGAAGAAAGAACGGGCAGAGAGAAGGAAGGAACGUUUGGUUUACGUUGGAAUCAGUAUUGAAAACAUCAUUCCUACACAAGAACAAGAAGAGGUCCCAGAAGUUCAAGAAAAAGAGGAAAAGAAGAAGAAAAAGUCUAAACCAUUGGAAAGGCGGUCAACAAGGACCAGGAAAUUCAUCAGUUACAGGUGAGGCAUUGUAAGUGUGUAACUAUGCAGGUACUGGUGACAUCAGGGAUGCUGAUGGAGGAGGUGGUGGCCAUGGAAAAGACAUGUCCAAUAUCACCGGUCAUCGUGGCAAAGACAUAUCCACCAUUUUGGAGAGUGAAAGGACAGAAGGAAAACGGCCGCAAAGAGUUGUCACGCGUCGCAAAAAACGUCGGCGACUUAACGAUCUAGACAGUGACAGCAACCUAGAUGAAGAUGAGAGUGAAGAUGAAUUCCGGAUCAGUGAAGGCUCUCAGGAAGAUUUUGUCGUCUCGGAUGAAAAUGUAGAGGAAAGCGAUGAGGACCAGCAGUCCAAUGACAGCGACUUUGGAACAAGGCGGCCUCGGAGGCACUACCAGCGGCCAGUGAGGAAAAGCACACGGCUGAGAAAGCGUGUAAGAAGGUAUUCGGAUGAUGAUGACGACGAUGAUGACUCUGAUGAUGAUGGCCAGGAGUCAGAGACUGACGACAGUAGUGUUUACAGUGAUGACUAUCUGGAAACCAGGAGGAGGCGAUCACGGAGAAAUCAGAAGAGGCAAGUCAACUACAGGGAAGAUUCAGAGAGCGAUGGAUCACAGAAAAGAGCUCGCUUUGGACGAGGGAAGGAGAUUAGACGAGGGAAGGAGAUGAGACGAGUGCUUAAACGCCGAUUCUCCAGUUCUGAAAGCAACGCAAGCGCCAUUUCUGGGGAUUCCGAAGACGAAAAACCUAAAGAUCUCAAAAAGAACUUGCUCCGAAAACGCAUCCGAAGUUCCAACGACGAGCCGUCGGAGGAAGAGGAGGAGAAACCUAUCCGAAAGCGUCUGAACCGCAUCGAGACGGAUGACGAGGACGAAGAAGCGGACGCCAAGCCCGUCGACAGCAGCGACAAGCCUCCCGCGGAGGAAAAGCCUUCUGCGACGAGCACCGUCCCAGAAAACACUAAGAAGCCUUGUUACCGGCUUGAGAGCGACGAGGACGAUGACUUUGAAAACGUUACGAAAGACGGGAGCCCUUUGGACUACAGCUUGGUGGAUUUGCCUUCGCUAACGGACAAAGCCCGGGAAAAACUAUUGAAACCUUAAUCGGUAAACCGAGCGAAAAGAGUCAGACUUCUAAGGACACUACGCCAGCUGUUAGCCAGGCUCCCAACGGGACUGGAAGCGGGCAAGAAGCGGCCGUUCCGGAGGAGGACGAGGAUGAACUCUUGAGAGUAACUGACCUUGUGGAUUAUGUCUGUAAUAGCGAACAGUUAUAA